CGGAAGGUGGAUAAACCCUCCUUCUCCUGCGACCCCUAUUCCGCUUUCUCGCACGCCGUUCUUCACGACCAGCCGUAGCAGUCACCAUUGUCGAACUAUAGCAGCCGCCGUUAACCGCUACCGCUCUCCGCACCCACGAGGUGUUUUACCAUGAUAGGAAAUGGUGGCCCUAUGACCCAAUGUUCAUCGAGGGUCGGUAGGCCCACGCUGCCUUUUAGGCCUGUGUUCUCUUGCAGUUCUCAGAUGCCAGCUAUGGCUGCUGCCUCAAGCAUCCAGUGUUCCUCGGGGCCUUAUUUAGGGCAUAAGUCCUGGUUGCCAAAAGGAAUGCCAUCCUCAAACAUUUCUGCUGCAUCAAGCUUACAUUUAACUGGGGAUCAAAGUGUUGGCCUUCUGUAUCCUAGAAUCCCCCUGCCGUCUAGGCAAAAGAAGUUUUGUAUGGUUCCUCGAGCAUCAAAGGAUGUCCCAUAUAGCUUCCGUUUUCCAGCCAUGACAAAAAAGCCAAGAUGGUGGUGGAGGACUUUAGCAUGCCUCCCAUACCUUAUGCCUCUCCAUGAGACAUGGAUGUAUGCGGAGACGGCAUACCAUCUUCAUCCCUUUCUGGAAAAUUUUGAAUUCAUGACAUACCCUUUCCUUAUGGCAAUUGGGAGUCUUCCGGGCUGGUUCCUCAUGGCUUACUUUUUUGUUGCUUAUCUUGGAAUUGUGAGGAGAAAAGAGUGGCCUCACUUCUUCCGGUUCCAUGUUGUGAUGGGAAUGUUAUUAGAGAUUUCGCUUCAGGUGAUAGGGACAGUGAGCCGUUGGAUGCCUCUUGCAAUCUACUGGGGUAAACUAGGAAUGCAUUUCUGGACAGCUGUAGCUUUUGCCUAUCUGUUUACAGUGUUGGAGUGUAUACGAUGUGCUCUUGCUGGGAUGUAUGCUGAUGUUCCUUUCGUAUGUGAUGCUGCAUAUAUCCAAAUUCCUUACGAUUAAGGAGGAAGAUGAAGAAAAGGUUAACCUGGAUUUUGAUUUUGUAUCACAGAUUUUGUUAAGGAGAACUUGUGAACUGUAUGAGACAUCCAUAAUGCAAAUAUAGAUUCGUUCCUUUGUUAU